CCGGCGGCCCCUCCCCUCUCCUCCUUUUUUUCUGGGGAGGCCAUCCUCCCCCGAGCGCAUUCACCGACUCAGCAGCAUCGUUUGCGCCACAAAUUGAUGAUGGAGGAGCUGCAGAGGCGACUUGAGCGCCUUGAGGGGCAAGUUGCGGAGCUCACAGUCCCGGAAGAUGCAAUGACGAACGCUAUGGCACAGCACCAACGGUCGAAAGAAGAACUGGUGGAGAUGCUCAAACGGCAGCUGGAGCAGGCAGAACAGCGCAACAGGCAGCUUGAGGCGGAGUUGGCUGAGCUGCGUGAACUGGUUCACCGUCAGCCCGUCGAGCUCAUUCUCGAUGACGGCAGCAAAUACUAUGGUCGAGUCAAGAACGGCCGUCCGCACGGCCCCGGCAAGCAGACCGACACGUACGGCCAGAGGAAGAUCUACGAGGGGCAGUGGACGGACGGCAAAUACGACGGCAUCGGUGUGUCAUUCCAUGACACGGCAAAGAAGUACGAUGGCAGAUGGAAGAACGGGCAGAUGGUCGGCAAGGCAACAGCACAGGAGAUGCCCUUGGGUGACGGCAGUAUCUAUGCCGGCCCCCUUCUGAAUGGGAAGCCACACGGCCAGGGCACAGCGACGUGGUCAAAUGGCGGCAGCUGCACGGGGGAGUGGGAGCAUGGGCAGCUGACUGGCGAGGGGGGAGCCGACAAGAUCCCUCUCGGGGACGGCGAGACUUACACCGGCCCACUGCACAAUGGAAAGCCACACGGCCAGGGGACAGCGAGAUGGCAGAACCGCGGCACAUCCACAGGCACAUGGGAGCAUGGGCAGAUGGUCGGCAAAGGGACCGCCUACAUGAUUCCCUUGGGGGACGGCACCACCUACACAGGCCCGUUGCUUGACGGCAAGCCGCAUGGCCAGGGUACGAGCUAUUAUCAGAAUGGCAACAAGGUGUAUGAGGGCCAGUGGGAAAUGGGGAAGAAACACGGCCAGGGCAUACUCUACAACAGCUCAGGAUCCUCUCAGAAGCGAGACAUGGUAUGCGAGGGCCGGUGGGCUACUGGAGAGAUGGUGGAAGAGGGCACAGCGCAUCGGCUGCCAUGGAAAGGCUAUCACUACCAAGGACCCUUGCGCAACGGCAUCCCUCACGGAUGCGGGACGGCACACUGGUCUGACGGCAGCUGCAAAGGCCGGUGGGCGAAUGGCGAGAUGGUCGGCGAGGUGAGAGCCGUCAAGAUGCCCUUGGGGGAUGGCACCACCUACACAGGCCGGCUGCUUGACGGCAAGCCUCAUGACCAGGGAACAGUGCAGGGCAGCAUACAGCUAGAGGAUCGCACCACCUAUAGUGGGCCCCUACGCAACGGCAAACCACAUGGCAGAGGGACAGCAAGCUUGCCGACCGGCGGUAGUUACACAGGGCACUGGGAGAAUGGACUGCAGAUUGCUGCUGCGGGGUGGGCGAACAAGCUGCCUUUGGCGGACGGCAGGCGCUAUGACGGUUCCCUCUUCAACGGCAUGCCUCAUGGCUACGGCACCAGCUAUCAACAGAGUGGCAAGAAGGAUUACGAAGGGGAGUGGAGACACGGAAAGCAAGAUGGCGAAGGGACUCAGUUCAACCACGCAAACGACUCAAAAGCCUUCGACGGGCAGUGGGUUGCCGGCAAGGUGGUGGGAGAGGGCAAAGCUCACCGGUUCCCGUGGGAAGUGUACGACUAUGAAGGGGCCCUCCUGGAUGGCAAGCCCCACGGCAAAGGGACGGCACACUGGUCAAACCCACGCACAGGAUGGACGGGCAAAUCCACAGGAAAUUGGGCCAACGGACAGAAGGCGUCUGGUGAUGGCAAGGCAGACAAUAUGCCCUUGGAGGAUGGCAGCAUUUACACAGGCGCGCUGCUCGACCACAAGCCACACGGCCGGGGCACCAGCUAUUGUCCGAAUCGCAGAGAACGGUACGAGGGAGAGUGGAGAGAAGGACAGAGGAACGGCAAGGGCAUCAGCUAUCAAUCCGAUGGCAAGACAAAGAUGCAUGAGGGCCAAUGGGAAAAUGGGCAGAUGGUCGGUAAGGGGACAGUAUCAAAGAUGCCCUUGGAGGACGGCAAAGUCUAUGAUGGCCAAGUGCUCAAUGGGAUUCCACAUGGCCAAGGCACUAGCUACACGGAAUCCUACACCCACGGCGGAGGACCCCAGUCUAAAAUGGACUUCAAUGGAAGCUGGCAAGACGGGAAGUGGCAUGGGCAAGGCACAGUCUGCGACCGCAACGGCAAGUCAAUGUUCGAGGGAAGAUGGGAGGACGGGCUGCCGCAGGAGGGGACUUUCUUUCCUCAUUCUGGUGGCUACAAUCAGAAGUGGCGAGCUGGCGAACGGCUGCCUGCUGGCAUCCCCAAGAUGCUCCAUGAGCGUUGGACGAUACCCUGAAUGGUUGGUAUUAAAGCUCUAAAGCAGUGGGCCUGCAUGUGAUCUGCAUAUGACAUUGCUCACUUUGUAAUAUGAGCAAUCGAUCGGACUUUUGGCUUUUGUGUCUCUGGUUUCAAUCCAUACAAAGACAGAAUUGCAAGAAGAUAUAAGAGAAC